CUUUCUCUGUUUGUCACUAGCUCUUUCUUUCUCUCUCUCUUCUUCUUUUUCGCAAUUCUUCUUUCUUCCCCCGACUUUCUUCUUUUUUGUUUCUCUUCUCUUGAUUUUCCGUGUUGGGUUUAAAGGUUUCUGAUUUGUCGACGAAGAAGAGACGAAGAGUGAGAGAACUGAGGAGUAAUAUAAGAUUAAAGGAAGCAUCGAAUUGCUCUUUUCUUUUUCAAUUUAUCGAUUUCCCGAUGGGUUGUUUCGGAAAAUCGAGCAAACGAUCGGAGACCAACAAAGGGAAAAACAAGGAUACUGUGAAAAAUAGGAAAACUGUGUGUGGUACAAGCGUCGCUAAGAGCGAUAAGCGAGAUGAUCAGACUCAACCCGGUUCAGAUUCGACAAAAGUCAGUCCAUAUCGAGAUGUAAACAAUGAAGGAGUUGGUAAGGAGGAUCAGUUAGCUCUUGACGUCAAGGGUUUGAAUUUAAAUGACCAAGCCACAGGGAAGAAAGCACAGACUUUUACCUUUGAAGAACUUGCAGUUGCCACAGGAAACUUUAGAUCGGAUUGUUUUCUUGGUGAAGGAGGUUUUGGAAAAGUUUUCAAGGGAACUUUAGAGAAACUGGAUCAGGUUGUUGCAAUCAAGCAACUUGACCGUAAUGGCGCUCAAGGAGUCAGGGAAUUUGUGGUUGAGGUACUGACACUAAGUCUUGCUGAUCAUCCGAAUCUCGUGAAGCUUAUUGGAUUUUGUGCCGAGGGUGAUCAGAGACUAUUGGUCUACGAGUACAUGCCGCUAGGAUCUCUUGAAGAUCAUCUACAUGACCUCCCUUCUGGUAAGAAACCACUUGAUUGGAACACCCGGAUGAAAAUAGCGGCUGGUGCAGCAAGAGGUCUAGAGUAUCUGCAUGAUAGAAUGAAGCCCCCUGUGAUCUACCGGGAUCUUAAAUGUUCGAAUAUCUUGCUCGGCGAUGACUAUCAACCAAAACUAUCCGACUUUGGGUUGGCUAAAGUUGGACCAAGCGGGGAUAAAACCCAUGUCUCCACAAGGGUUAUGGGAACGUACGGAUACUGUGCUCCCGACUAUGCUAUGACGGGCCAGCUCACAUUUAAAUCGGAUAUAUACAGUUUUGGAGUAGUCCUUUUGGAGCUUAUCACUGGAAGGAAAGCAAUUGAUAGUGCAAAAGCGCGUAAAGAUCAGAAUUUGGUCGGAUGGGCACGACCAUUGUUCAAAGACAGGAGGAACUUCCCGAAAAUGGUUGACCCAUUGCUUCAAGGACAAUACCCGGUAAGAGGACUGUACCAAGCACUUGCAAUUUCAGCAAUGUGCGUUCAAGAGCAGCCAAGCAUGAGGCCUGUUGUAUCCGAUGUAGUAUUGGCUCUCAACUUCUUAGCCUCUUCUAAAUAUGAUCCGAAUAGCCCUAGCAGCAGCAGCAGGAGAAACACUUCUUUUCACAGAGACAGAGAUGAUGAUGAGAAAAGACCGGACCUUGUCAAGGAAACCGACGAAGGUUCUUCAUAGGAAGAGAAUGAUAAAAAUCAAAUACUAGUUUUGGCUUCAACAAGAAAAUGGGGAAAUAUAAAAUCAAAUCAGUCACAUUGUUAACAUCUCUUUGUGGAUGUACAUCUUGACUCGGCUUCUGUUGUAUGUAGAAUGCUUCUUUUUCUGUAGAACAAAACCAUUUUGUUUCGGGACAUAUAUACAUAUGUUAAUCAAAAACAAAUAUCUUUGUAUAUAUA